ACCGACCUCAGAACGUACGCUCAGCCAGUAAAAAAGGAGGUAAAAGAGACUGAUAAACACAGGAUGGUAGUGGUUACACCUCUGACAUUAGAAAGAUGCAGACAUUCGUUGUGUACCAACGGCAACAAUCCAGAGACGGUAGAGUUGGCAUAUCAGAUACUCAAAACACUACUGGCAACAUCGGAUUCGCCUUACAUUCUGAGUCCAGCUAUACCUGAGAUGAUCAAUUUCCUUUUACAGACUGCACAAGUUAGUAGCAACCUGAUCACACAUAGAGCAGCAAACGAAUUAGCUCAGAAAUAUCAGGAAAAUCUCAAACGCUUGUUCCAUACUUACGGAGUUGAAAGUAUAGAUCAGAUAACACAAGAUUUCAUCAUGUAUCAUUAUGAUGGUCUCAUCUCACAACUAUCUCAUGGUACAGAGGUUUUUGAGCCAGCAGAAAAGUCUGAGAUUUAUAAUACUGUGUGCACUGUAAUCAGCCAAAGAGAUAUUGCGUUGUGGGCUAUCACUGGAAAGCUUCAAUUUAUUCAAGCCGAUAUAGUCGGGUCACUUUAUUCGAUUGACCCAGAUUUAUUGGUGUACCACGAUGAUCACAAAAUGAAGCAUACACGAGAUAUUUUGGCACAUAAAUGGGGAGAUCCGAUGGUGAUAAACCAAUGGCAAUAUGUUUUAGAUAAGGCCACUUCUAUUUUGCAAAAUCUAGAUCUUGAUAAAACGUUGAAUAGAUCCGGCAUUUCCAUUGAUAGUGUUAGCACACAAGAGAAUAAUACAGCACUGACUUUACGAUUAUCAGAAUCUGAAUCCACAUCAUACUGGGAAAUCAGAUGGUGGCUCUUGUAUGCCAUGUUUCUUACGGGAGAUUACGAUAAAGUUGUUACGAAUUUCAGUGAGAUGACUACACACGGGAAGACUAUUCCAAAGGUUUCCGGAGACGCAACCCAAAUACUCAAACAACUAGACAAUACUGUCAUUAACAAAAGCUCUCUAAUUAGAAUGAUAGUUAUAUCCAUAGCUCUUACACAUGCCAAUAAACAAAGGGAAAAAUCAUGGCAAAAUGCUACUUUAGUUGAAGCCUUUUACGAAGAUCCAUUAAUUAAGGACUUCAAACAAGAUUUUGAGGCAAUUAGUUUUCCUCAAGUAACGGACGAGCUAAAACAACUAAAAGAAGAGAUACCGUGGUGUCCACAGCUCGAAGAAGCAUGGGAAAGCGCAAGAUCCUUAUUGAUUCAAAAAUCUAUUAUCACAUACUUAUCUUUUAUUAGCCGGGUGACAUUAGAUCACCUGUCUUCCUUUUUCGCCAUUGAUAAAGCAUUGAUCACUUCAUUUAUAACCAAGUCCAUUGCACUUCUAGAUCUACCAUUGAAACUGAAUACUCAGACAGGAGUUGUUGAGUAUAUUACAGAAAACUCAAGGCGCCAUCAAGCACAAUUUAUAGAAAACAUGCAUAGAAACGCUGAAGAAGAAGUUUUACGUCUCAAGGCUGCUAAAUUGAAUAGCAUAUUGAGUGCAAAUUCAAAUGAAGAGAAUAGUUACGAAUCAUAAAACAGGUUUUUUGCAUAAAAAAUUAGGUAACUGAUAUACUAUAUAUAUAUUUACAGGCUAUAAAUAUCAACCACUUCAUCUUCAAUCUUUGUUGUGACCCCACUAGAAGCUAUGCUUUCUAUAUCUAUUAUUUCUUUAGCUGCUUCUGCGGUCAAAACGAUAUUGUUAUCAUCUCCAACAGCAACAUCGUCUUCUAUACGAAUGCCCAUUCCACGAUAUUCUA